UUCACUGGCCAGUUGCCUGCUGACAAGGUCUUUACUGGGUGUAUUUGAAGAAGAUGCUACAGCUAUUUCCAACUAUAUGAACCAAUUGUAUCAAGCUAUGCAUCGGAUUUAUGAUGCACAGAAUGAAUUAAGUGCAGCAACACACCUGACUUCAAAACUUUUAAAAGAAUAUGAAAAACAGCGUUUUCCAUUGGGUGGUGAUGAUGAAGUGAUGAGUUCUACUUUGCAACAGUUUUCAAAAGUUAUAGAUGAGCUUAGCUCUUGUCAUGCGGUACUUUCAACGCAGCUUGCUGAUGCCAUGAUGUUCCCCAUUACCCAGUUUAAAGAAAGAGAUCUGAAAGAAAUAUUGACAUUAAAGGAAGUGUUUCAGAUUGCUAGUAAUGAUCAUGAUGCUGCAAUUCACAGAUAUAGCCGAUUAUCAAAAAAGAGAGAAAAUGACAAGGCAAAGUAUGAAGUAACAGAAGAUGUCUACACUUCCAGAAAGAAACAACACCAGACCAUGAUGCAUUAUUUUUGUUCAUUAAAUACUCUUCAAUACAAGAAGAAAAUAGCAUUGUUAGAACCUCUACUUGGGUACAUGCAAGCUCAGAUAAGUUUCUUUAAGAUGGGUUCUGAAAAUCUCAAUGAACAACUGGAAGAAUUCUUAACUAACAUUGGAACAAGUGUACAGAAUGUUCGCAGGGAGAUGGACAGUGAUGUAGAGACCAUGCAGCAGACAAUAGAGGAUUUGGAAAUAGCCAGUGACCCUUUAUAUGUGCCUGACCCUGAUCCCACGAAGUUUCCUGUUAACCGAAACUUAACCCGAAAGGCUGGAUACCUUAAUGCUAGGAAUAAAACAGGCUUGGUGUCAUCUACCUGGGACAGACAGUUUUACUUCACUCAGGGUGGAAACUUAAUGAGUCAGGCCCGUGGAGACGUAGCAGGAGGCUUGGCCAUGGACAUAGACAACUGUUCAGUAAUGGCUGUGGACUGUGAAGACAGGCGGUACUGUUUUCAGAUCACCUCUUUUGAUGGAAAAAAAUCUUCAAUUUUGCAAGCAGAGAGUAAAAAAGACCAUGAAGAGUGGAUCUGUACAAUAAACAAUAUAUCUAAACAAAUAUAUUUAAGUGAAAAUCCAGAGGAAACUGCUGCACGAGUAAAUCAGUCAGCUUUGGAAGCUGUCACUCCUUCCCCAUCUUUCCAGCAGAGACACGAGAGCCUGCGGCCUGUGGGACAGUCUCGACCAUCGACAGCUCGAACCAGCAGUUCAGGAUCCUUAGGAUCUGAGUCCACAAAUUUGGCUGCCCUCUCUCUUGAUUCUCUCGUUGCCCCAGACACCCCAAUACAGUUUGACAUAAUUUCUCCCGUGUCUGAAGAUCAGCCUGGGCAGGGGAAAGCCUCUGGCCAGGGAGGCAGGCGUACAAAUCCAUUUGGAGAAUCUGGAGGAGGCACAAAAUCUGAAACUGAAGAUUCUAUUCUUCAUCAGUUAUUUAUUGUCCGAUUCCUUGGUUCUAUGGAGGUGAAAUCAGAUGACAAUCCAGAUGUUGUUUAUGAAACAAUGCGCCAAAUCUUAGCUGCCCGGGCCAUCCAUAACAUCUUUCGUAUGACAGAAUCGCAUUUAUUAGUCACUUGUGAUUGUUUAAAGUUAAUUGAUCCACAGACACAAGUUACAAGGCUCACGUUUCCAUUACCUAGUGUAGUUUUAUAUGCUACACACCAGGAAAAUAAGAGGCUUUUUGGAUUUGUUCUUCGGACAUCUGGAGGGAGAAGUGAAAGUCAUCUGUCAUCUGUCUGCUAUAUAUUUGAAUCAAACAAUGAGGGGGAAAAGAUUUGUGAUUCUGUUGGACUGGCAAAACAGAUAGCUUUACAUGCGGAACUGGAUCGUAGGGCAUCAGAAAAACAAAAAGAAAUAGAGAGAGUAAAAGAGAAGCAACAGAAAGAACUCAGUAAACAAAAACAAAUUGAAAAGGACUUAGAAGAACAAAGUCGGUUGAUAGCUGCUUCCAGUAGACCAAACCAAGCCAGUAGUGAGGGGCAGUUUGUUGUCCUUAGCAGUAGCCAGUCAGAAGAGAGUGAUUUGGGAGAAGAAGGAAAGAAGAGAGAGUCAGAAGCAUAAACUUAUCCUUGCUUUUGGUUGAUAAUUCUCCCCUUCAAAUUUAUUGACAAUUUCUGUGGUGAAAUGACUCAAGGUAACAACUAUGUUGAAAUAUCAUGGAGGAGACUAAAGUUUAUAUUGGCUUGUUUGUUUUAACUUCAUUUAAAAAAAUAAGUUGACCUUGAUGACUUAGGUUUGCAUUGAUUUCUUUUCCUCAAAAAUAAUAUGCUAUGCAGUAACAUCAAAUUCCAUAUGUCUAAAAGAAACCUGUUCAUCUCCCUAAAGUAGAUUGCUGAGGAAUUACACUUGCUCAAGCCUUUUCCCCUUUAAAUUGUGAAUUUAUUGUAACUGGCUAUGACCGUAAGAAAUCAUUUAUUCUUCAGCUUCAGAUAUUCAUGGUUACACUCCCCCUCUUUCAUUAAGAACAUUUUGUUGGUGGCACGCUCUCCCUCCCAGGACCACUGCUGCACCUUUCCCUUCUGAACCCUCUUGUUCCCCCACAGGCACACAUUUCCUAAACUCUAAGGAACCCCACGAGACUUGCAACCUGGGAGUAUGGGCAGUGGCAUCCCAGGCUAACCCCUGAACCUGUCUCCAAGGUCCCCCUUUCUCUGACUUUCCAGUGAGCUGACAGCCCCACGUGGGCUCACUUCUUUCACUGUGACUUUUAUUUCUCAGUGAGUCUACCAGCCCUGCUGAGGCUCUCCCCUGUUACUUCUUCUGUCCUAAGCCCUUCCUGUUUCACUGUCCCCAGCUUUAAUAAACGUACUCUCAAAAUCCAAAAAAAAAAAA